CAAUAUAUCCCCAAGCCCAAUGAAGGCUAGAAAAUAGAGUUAGAGUGUGAUAGUGAGAAAAGGCAAACUAAAACAUCACCUGCUCAGAUAAUAGAAAGAGAGAGAAGCUUAAAAUCAAACAAACUCUCAAUGGACGAGAGACCCGAGACAGAGUUAAUAUCAAUACCAGCAACGCCGCGAGUCUCCACUCCGGAGAUUCUAACUCCAUCCGGUCAAAGAUCUCCUCGUCCCGCCACCAAGCCGUCGUCGGCGGCAUGGACUCCGACCUCUUUCAUAUCGCCAAGGUUCUUGAGUCCUAUUGGGACGCCUAUGAAACGCGUUCUUGUCAACAUGAAAGGUUAUCUCGAAGAAAUGGGUCACCUCACCAAGCUCAACCCACAAGACGCUUGGCUUCCUAUCACCGAGUCUCGCAACGGAAAUGCUCACUACGCUGCUUUUCAUAACCUCAACGCCGGUGUUGGGUUUCAAGCCCUCGUUCUUCCCGUCGCGUUUGCGUUUCUUGGCUGGAGUUGGGGGAUACUAUCAUUGACAAUAGCCUAUUGUUGGCAACUCUACACACUGUGGAUUCUAGUUCAGUUACACGAAGCAGUCCCAGGGAAACGUUACAAUCGAUAUGUCGAGCUUGCACAGGCUGCAUUUGGAGAAAGAUUGGGAGUUUGGCUUGCGUUGUUUCCUACGGUUUACUUAUCAGCAGGAACAGCAACAGCUCUGAUUCUGAUCGGUGGAGAAACAAUGAAACUCUUCUUUCAGAUAGUUUGUGGUCCGUUAUGCACCUCGAACCCGUUAACUACGGUCGAGUGGUAUCUGGUGUUUACUUGUCUAUGUGUCGUUCUGUCUCAGCUUCCGAACCUCAACUCUAUUGCGGGACUUUCCUUGAUAGGAGCAGUCACUGCAAUAACUUACUCUACAAUGGUUUGGGUUCUCUCUGUGAGCCAACCAAGACCAGCUACAAUCUCCUACGAGCCGCUUUCUAUGCCUUCGGUUUCUGGUUCGCUUUUCUCUGUCUUGAAUGCUCUUGGCAUUGUAGCUUUUGCCUUCAGAGGUCACAACUUGGUUCUUGAAAUUCAGUCGACGAUGCCAUCAACGUUUAAGCAUCCAGCUCAUGUACCAAUGUGGAGAGGAGCCAAAGUUGCUUACUUCUUCAUUGCUCUCUGCAUCUUUCCAAUCUCCAUUGGAGGCUUUUGGGCUUAUGGGAAACUCAUGCCUCCAGGAGGUAUGCUCGCUGCUCUAUAUGAAUUCCACAUUAACGACAUUCCGCGAGGCUUGUUAGCGACGGCAUUUCUCCUAGUAGUCUUCAACUGCCUGAGCAGCUUUCAGAUAUACUCCAUGCCUGCCUUUGACAGCUUUGAGGCUGGCUACACUAGCCGAACCAACAAACCAUGUUCGGUCUGGGUCAGAUCAGGUUUCAGAGUCUUUUUCGGUUUUGUCUCGUUUUUCAUCGGAGUUGCUCUCCCUUUCUUGUCUAGUCUCGCGGGUUUGCUCGGUGGACUCACGCUCCCGGUCACGUUUGCUUAUCCUUGCUUCAUGUGGGUUUUGAUCAAGAAACCGGCCAAGUGCAGUUUUAGUUGGUAUUUCCAUUGGGGGUUGGGUUGGUUAGGAGUUGCAUUCAGCUUGGCCUUCUCCAUUGGUGGGAUAUCGAGUAUGGUUACGCAAGGACUUAAGCUUAAGUUCUUCAGUCCUAACUAAGUAUUAUCCGAUGUAAGUCGGUGGUUUUUGUUUGGUUGAUAAGUUUGGGUGAAUUUUUUUUUUAAAAAUUAUGUAUUGUCUGUGUUUUGUUUACGAGUGCCUUGUUUUUGAAUUGGAACAAAUGUAUUGUAACAAUUAUUCAGUAAGUUUUUUUCCACUACGA